UAUUUAGUGCCCAUAAAUUGUAGGAUGCAUUUUAAAUUACAAUUUAAGUAUAUAUUAAUCUCCUUUUUAUCAGUAGUAUGCAUUAAAGAAACUUCAUCAUUAAAAGGUCAUUAUGAAAAUACACAUGUUUAUGAAUACUCGGCUGAAAUAAGUACAGAGAUUCAGAAUUCAAUUACUUUUACAUCUAAAUUUUUAAUCAAAGGAUUAAUAAAUAUUAAACGAAAAUUAAAUGAAACAACGACAUUGAAAAAUGUCUACCUCAUAGCUCUAACGAAUUUAACACAUGAUUCAUAUUAUGGACGUGAUUAUUUUAGAAUCAAUAAAUUUCAAUUGAUACCUGAGGAUACUAAAGAGUUAGAAUUACCUUUUUUAGCAAUUUAUGAUGAAAAUGGGAAAUUUAAUUCCAUACAAAGUCGUCACAGUGAAAAAUAUGAACCAAAAUGGUCCAUUGAUGUUAAAACAUCGAUUGCAAUGCUAUUCCAAUUUGACUGGCCAAAAACUCUGUUAUCAAGUAACAAUAAAAACAGUGAUAAAGUUUUUGUCUCUGAGUACACCAAUCAAGGAGACUGUCAAGUUGUAUAUAAUGGUACCAUGACACUGAAAGAAGAAAAAAUAUCUUUAGUAAAAUCUUACAAACCAGAAGAAUGCAAAAAUUUCGUAAAUACUUAUGCCGGCUAUUAUCCUGAACGUAAAGAUGCAGAAGAAUAUAUAAAAGGCCAAAUAAAUUCACAAUUUGAAAGUAUUUAUGAAUUAGAAAUGAUUAAAGAUGAACCUUUUGUUAAAACGAUUUUUUGUUAUGAAAGUUAUCAGUGGAACUCACAUAAUAAAAAUGGCGGAAACAUAGAUAUUACGAAAACUUUAAUCAGACAAACAGUAUCUUUUAAAGAAAUUAGUAUGUCGGACAAUAUUUACAAAUACAAUACUUGGAAUAAAAAAAUUGAUGAUAAAACUCACGAUAAAAAGGAAAUUGAUGAAGUAAAAGGUUUGUUACUAAAAUCCACAAAAAGUUUUCAAGAAAAUAUAUUGAAAAAAAUUAAGCCUGAACGAAAACAACUAUUAAACAAUAUUCACUCGGUAUUGACUAAUUUUAACUUUACUGAUUUAAAAAAUAUUUAUAGAGAAAUACAUGAAAUGAAAGCAACAGAGAAAAAUUUUAUCAAGUUUAUUUUUGAACAGAUGAUUCCUUACCUAGGUUCAAAUUCGGGUGUUCUAUUUAUAAAAGAAUUAGUUAUUAAUAAACAAGUAUCAGAUAAAGAUGCUAUAACGCUAUUAAAAACAAUGCCUUUAUAUUUACAUUCAGUUUCGAUUGAAACAAUGACUAAUUUAUCUUCAUUAAUUAAUUUGGAUAAUCAGCUGUCAUUACAAGUUUAUAAAAGUGCGGUUUUAAGUUAUUCAUAUUUGAUGACCAAAUUGAGUUGGAAGGAGAGAUUACAAAAUGAGAUUUUUGUAAGCCAAUAUAUUCAUAAACUCGGUCUUUGGAUCAAGGAUACUCAAAGUGCUUCUAUGAAAGUCCUUUAUAUUUCGGCUCUGGCAAAUACUCACCAUUCCGGAAUCGUCGAAAUUCUCUUACCUUUCAUAAAUCGAGAAAUAAAUAACGAGCGUGUACGUUUAGCAGCAAUCAAUUCCUUAAGAUAUGUUAUAAACAAUACCAAUAUUGAAAUAUUUCAUACAUUUAUGGAGAUGCUCAGAGACGAAACAGAAUCUUGGAAAAUAAGAUUUGCCGCCUAUGAUAUUCUCAUGGAAAAUCAUCAAUGCCUUAAUAAAGAUGAUUUAACACAAAUAACACAUAUUAUGAUGCAAAGCGAUAAUAUGAAGAAUUAUCAUGUCUCAACCCUUCAUACUUUCUUAAAAUUAGAAAUUGACACAUUUGAUGCUUUCAAUUCUUCUAAAGCUAACAUAAGAUUUUAUGAUUUCCCAAAAGUUGACGUUGUGAAUCUCAGUCCCAUAUAUGAUCGAAUUGUCAAAAUGUUUCUACCAGUAGGAAGUAAUUCAAAUUUAUUGAAAAUAAGAUUUGUCAAUACUCAAAAUUUCGUCGAUUUAGGCACAGUUGAAAUCAUUACUAAAUAUGAAAAAAAAAUUAUUCGAAAGCAAGGAGUGAGUUGGAACUUUGGAUGUCCACCUUCUCUAUAUGACGACAUUAUUGGUGGAAUUUCUUCCAUUGAUUCCUUAUAUAAGAAAAUGAGUGGCAUGUACAUGGACGUAUGGAUCAAUUCUCCUGAUUGGAUCAAUACAGUAUUGUCAGUAGAUAUAGAUGAAAAUGAGCAGAACAAUAUUAAAUUUUUUUCUCUGGUGAAACUUUUUGAAGAUGGUUCAAUAAAAUUUGGAUUUGAAGAUUAUACUAAAUUUUCAAUACUUUCCUCUUUUGGCUUGCCAAUAACUUUUGAGAGGAAAUUCCCGUAUAUUCUUCAUUCUAAAUUUAAUUUCGAUUCCGCUAUGGUUAUUAAUAAAAUCAAUUUCAAUUUUGAAGGAUCAAAUAGAUUACUUAAAGAUGGAUAUUUAGGUACAUUUAUAUUAAAUCCAAUAACGAAACUUUCUCAUUGGAUGAAAAAGAUUGUAUCACAAAAUCAUGUUGAUACACUGAUGUUCAAUGCAAGCUUCAAUUUAUUUACAAAUAAAUUGAAAAUAAUUAUUCCAAAUAGAAAUGUAACUAGUGGGUAUACGCAUUUCAUAUCAUCAAACGUAUCAAUCAUAGAUGACAAUAAACUAAAUAAUAGUUCAUGUACUACCUGUGGUUCUACAUUAACCAUUGAUAGUGUAAAGGAACUUAGAAAUCUAAUAAUUUCAGAUAAAUAUGAUAUCGUAGGAUUACAGUUCACAGGCGCUGUACACAAUUGUGAUACAAAUGGAUUUAAACGAUUUUCUGGAAGUAUUUAUAAAUUAUUCGUGGAGCCCUUGAAUAGCUUGGGUAUAAGUUCAUGCGAAAAAAUCGUGAUCUUUGGAUCGGACCUUAAUGCUUCUAUUUCUCAGUUAGAGAUUAAUUUAGAUUUCAAGAUGGAAACUCUACAAUAUCAAAAAAAGCCAUGGUAUUUUUUAACAGGGAAAAAUAUAGAUUUGAAAUUAACUGGCCAAGCCCGAAAAACAUUAGAUAAUCGACUAAACCAUUUUUUUGAGUUUUUCUUCAGUCUGUCAGGCGAAGAUUAUCCAUCAUUUAGUAAUAAUUUAAAAAUGUCAGAAAGAUUGUCGGGAAAAGAAAGUACGAAUAUUUGUGUUGAUGUGAUUUAUAAUGCAGCUAAUAUAAGUGAUACAACUAUUCCGGAUGACAAAACUGCAUUAAGGCAAGAUUAUUGGGUGAAUAUUAGAAAAGGUACCUCUCUGAAUGAAAGUUGCACAGAAAACACAUUCAACAUGAAUAUUAAGGUUAUUGCUGAUCGAUCUAAGAAAUUAAAGCAUGAAAUAACUAAUAAAACUCGUAAUAGCGAGUGUACGAAACAAAAAGAAAAUGUACUAUUUACAUAUCCAAACAAUUCAUUACCUCUCACAUGGGAGUGCUUAGAAGAAUUGACUAUUAAUACCACCAUGAAUAAGUAUCAAAUAGAAAUCUUGAAUUCAAUAGAAAAUAAUUGGUUUUUCUCGCUCAAUGAAUUGAUAAAAUCAACUCUCAAAGAUGUUUGGAAAGUUGAAGUGAAAAAUUUACCAUUAGCUCAUACAAAUUCAACUACACACAUUUUAUGUGAAGUGAAUUUUGAUAUUUCGGAAGAGUUGCCAAAAGAAAUGUACCAGCAACUAUUACCCCUCGUAAAUGGGUACUUUACGAGAAGUUUCGUAGCAAAUUUAAUACAAGAAAGAAUUCAUAUAAUAAAUGUUUUUCCAACUAUUAUUAAGACCAAUAAAAAUGAAGAAGUUCAAGUUGAUUUAAAUCAUUGGAAAAUAGUCGACUAUAGUGAUAAUAAAGAUAAUGCGUAUAAAAUUUCUGUUAAAUUGGAAGAAAAUGACAAAAUAGUCGUUGAAAUUCAACAUGAAGGAUUUGAAAUAGCAAUUAAACCUCGAAAAAUAAGCAACUCUACGGAUGGUAGGUAUGAACCCGAAAUUUUGUUGGAUGGAAAUAUUGUUAAUGAUUUUACGGACAGAAUUUUCAUCGACACUGAAACUUCUUUAGAAGAAGAAGAAAAUUUAAUAAGUUUGAUCAAAUAUGACCAAUAUAUUUUGUUGAGACCUACAAUGAUAAAACUAUCUAUUUUUUACUCAACUGAAAGUGUGACAAUAAUGCAUUCUCAUUAUGUAUAAAGAAUUGAAAUAUAAGACCAUCUAUUUAUCAGAUUUAUAAGCAAAACA